AUGUUCGCUUUCGUUGAACAGCUUCUGGAAGUUUCACUGCGUACGCGUGGUGACUUUCCGUUCAUGCAUCCAUCUAGUAUGGAAGCAAUUAUGCUGGACGGCAUUGCUAAUUGUAAUAACGAUGGCAUCGCCACGGAGAAAGAAUUCGCUACGGCCUUUGCUGGUCUUAAGUUGCGUUUUACUGCCUCGCCAUGCACAGAGAAAAACAUCGAACUUGUGCCAGAACUUGCACGUUUCGAGAAAUGCAGUGCACAGGUGGCUGCGAUGGCCCACGGUUUUGCGAUGCUAUUCCUCCGCCGUAGGUUGUUGCUAAUAACGUGGCAGGAACUCAAGAUAUUUAGUUAG